UACAAUUCAUGGGUGAAAGUAAUGUUUACGCGAGUGUGUAAGUAGCGUUCUAGAAUUGUUGGAGGAGCCACUGCAUUGGUCCAUAUGCCUCCUCCAUAUCAAUGCAUUGACUUUACAUCCCCUAUGGAAAGUGAGUGGUAUAAUACAUAGGAUGGUUGUGAUUUAAGAGGAUCACAGUUUAGCUGCUUAAGAUGGCUGGCGAGAUAUCUGCAUGAGAUUUGUUGGAAUUCUGAGGACUCAGAAAAGUAGCAAAGUUUUCUGUGCGAGUGCGAUGUCAGUGUCAGAGAUGGAAGCAUUUGUGAAUGGCUCCCAACCAUAUCUGUCUAAUUCUAAACUGUAGAACCGUAUACAUGAUGGCUAUUGGUUAAAACACUAUGAGUUAUGUAUCAAGCUAAUGUGUGUAAAAAAAAUAUAUAUAUAUUUUAAGACAAGAGAUCCUAGAUUCCUUGAAAUGAGACGAAAACGUCGUAACAUCAAGAUGUGAAAAGCGAACAAAGUCAGAUCUUAACGAAAGUUCAACAAAGUAAAGAAAACAAUCCGCUUUCACAAAAUCUUAUCCACAAGCGCCCUGCCACUUCGCCGUGCGCUGCCUGGUCUUGUGUCGGAUCGUCGGGUACAGUUGGCAGCAACCUAUCCCCAACCAGAGCUACAUCGUGAAGCUAUACGGACACGGCUAGAUUUCUCGAUGAAUGCUAAUGUCUGCUUUGUCUCGGGGGGAAGGCGAUAUUAGCUAAGCUACUGGCCAGCGACUCAUCAAGCGGGACACGCGUGGCUGGAAGCGAAGGGCGGAUGUGGCAAUGCACUCUAUUGAAGGGCUUAUCAACCGAGGGUACGCGUGCCACAGGGGUUAGUAUGAGGCGCACAAUCAUUAAGAUGAACCUCCGUCCAAGAUUGAUCAUCCUGGCAGUUGUGAUCACGGUCGGAAUUACAGCUGUGGGGUUCCUCGACCAAGGCCAGGCGGGGGCGCUCUCCCUGCCUCGCCUCUUCGACUCGGGCACCAAAGCCAAGUACGCCGCGUGGCCCCCGUUCUCCGUCGAGACGAAACACGAUACGGCGUGGUACGUAGAGCAGUGCUUCGGCGGCAGUCAGGCUGAAGACAUCGAGGUGAUCUUCGGGCCGCUCCUCGCCGCGUGGGCGGAGUCACAGAACCCUGAGUGUGCUGGCCUUUAUUCAAAGUUCAAUUACCUUUACGAAGUUCACGAUCGCUACGCUUCCAGGAUGCAAGUUCCAGGACCUUUUGCGGAGAAGAUUAAGGCUUGGCUCCAUAACGAUAAGAAGCUGUUGAAACAGAUUCAUCGUCAGCACCUGAUUCACGUCUUCCACCCGCUGACGUCAGAGCACACAGUGUACAACCCGGUGCGUGCGAGCCGUCCGAUGCCAACUCAUGAAAUGGACCCUUUUGAAUGGAUCAACAAGCUCUCGGCUGAUACGAGUUUAAACUGUGAUUUCUGCAGGUAUAGGGAGGACACGGCCGUUGAUGUACUCGGAAGGGACGACGCGAAGGACACAGCCCGGCUGACGAACACCUUCAAAGUGGAGUCGUGGCACAGCAUGGUGGUGACCAAGAACCUCCACCACCCUCUGAACUUCACCAGGGAACUCAUGAGUCACUUCUUCGAGGCUGCUAUGGCCUGGAUUUACGACGUGAGCCAGAAGGAUACUAACUAUAUUUAUCCCAACAUAGCCUGGGAUACCUUACAUCACGCGGGGGCUUCACAGAUCCACCCACAUAUCCACAUGAUGAUGGCUCCUGACCAUUACUACGGCUAUUUUGAACUUCUCCGCUCGGCCGCCCAGAGGUACUACGAAGAGAAAGGGGAAAACUACUUCAAUGCUGUGCUCGAAGUUCAUGCUGCCUUGGGACUCGUGGUGCAUUAUGGGAAGGCCGUAGCGAUCUCAACUGUGACUGGAAAAGCCGACCUAGAAGUAAUGUUCCUGAGCGAGAGUCCGAACGAAGACUUCUACCACCUCAUUUACUACACAAUCAAUGCGUACCACGAUACAUUCACACAGCUUUGCAAAGGGUUCGCUGGCGCCGUGCCUGCCAUGGGGGAUUCAGAUGCAGCAUCCCGAGGCAGGAUUCCCGCAGUGGCGAAACUCAUCUCGCGUGGGGACUGUACGUCGCUCAGGACUGACUAUAGCUCCUUCGAAAUCUUCCAGAUUGUGUAUAGAAUAUAUGACCCUUGGCGAGUGGCAGCAGCUAUCAGGAAAGCGAUUAAAAAACACAAUGAUUAACUUCAAACAAUAUAAAACGAAGUGAAUUAUUGUAAAAUUAAGUAUGUCCAUAAUGGUACGGAACAUUUGCGGCUUUUACCUCUCUCUCUCUCUCUCUCUCUCUCUCUCUCUCUCUCUCUUUCUCUCUCUCUCUCUCUCUCUCUCUCU